GCGACGGAUACGCUGUUAAUCCUUUGUAGUCAUUUGUAGUCUUUAGUUCUAAAUACACGCUUUACAAAGAUUGUUGUAAAAUAAGUAGUAAAUAAUGGCAGAAGAAAAAAGCGAAAGUUCAACAGAUAAACCAGAGCAAACCGAAGUUGCGGAGGAUAAGACAAAAAUAAAACUCGAUGAUAAGAAUAAACAAAAGUCUAAGGACGAAUCGGCGGAAAAAUCCAAUGGACAGAACACAAACAAUGAAAGUGGAAAUUGUUACUGUGGAAAAGAAAGGAAUCUGAAUAUUGUGGAGUUACUUUGUGCCAGUUGUUCACGAUGGUUUCACGAGUCUUGUAUCGGAUAUCAAUUGGGCAAACUUGUACCUUUUAUGAUGAACUAUGUAUUCAUGUGUAAAAAUUGCUCGCCCACUGGUUUGGAAAAUUUCAAAAAGAAUCAGGCACCAUUUCCACAGAUGUGUGUAACAGCAAUAGCAAACUUAUUACAAAUGUGCCAAAAAGAAAAUGAACAGAAGACUCUUUUUCACAAGGACAAGGAUAUUAUACCGUUUAUCGAAUGUCAUUGGGAGAGCAUGACCACGAUGCCUCGUAGAGUCACUCAAUCCUGGCAUGCUACAAUACAAAGAGCACUGCUUAAAGAUGUUGGGGCAUUGUUCACAGUGGAUGAGAGUACGUCAGAAGGUCAGCUUUUCGGCUUGUCAAAUCUUGAACUCACAACAAUCAAACCUAAUUACGAAGCGAUGAUUAAGAAUGGUCACCUACGAGCGACAGAGAUGGGUCUGCAACAUGUCGUGCCACUUAGCGGAGGAUUACGAGGUCGCAAUGCGAAGCGGAAGCUUCCAGGAGAAACUGCGGGCACGGGUUCCGGGAAGAAAGGCAGAGGAUCGGAUAUGACCAUUCCCAAACUUCCCGCUCAUGGUUAUCCUCUCGAACAUCCGUACAACAAAGACGGUUACAGAUAUAUUUUGGCAGAGCCGGAUCCUCAUGCACCUUUCCGACAAGAGUUCGAUGAAAGUAGCGAUUGGGCCGGUAAACCUAUACCAGGAUGGCUAUAUCGCGCUCUUAGUCCGAGCACGGUUUUGCUUGCGUCGCACGAUCGUGCGCAGCAGCUUAAAGUAGCAGAGGACAGAUUGGCGGUCACAGGAGAGAAAGGAUAUUGCAUGAUCCGAGCUACGCACAAUGUAAGCAGGGGAACUUGGUAUUGGGAGGCGACAAUCGAGGAAAUGCCAGAGGGAUCUGCGACGAGACUUGGAUGGGGACAAGAGUACGCGAAUUUGCAAGCUCCCCUUGGAUAUGACAAAUUUGGCUAUUCAUGGAGAUCGAGAAAAGGUACACGGUUUCACGAAAGUCGAGGCAAACAUUACAGUAAUGGUUACGGCGAGGGCGAUACUUUGGGCUUUCUCAUAGUUCUUCCUGAUACUUAUGAUGCAUCGCACAUUCCGAAUACUUACAAAGACAGACCUUUGGUGAAAUUCAAGAGUCAUUUGUAUUACGAAGAGAAAGAUCAACUUCAGGAAGCUCUCAAAGCUUUACGACCUAUAGAAGGCAGCAAAAUAGUAUAUUACAAAAACGGAGUCAAUCAAGGUAACGCUUUUGUAGAAAUUAACAAAGGUGCUUAUUAUCCUGCAAUCUCUAUUUACAAAAGCGCAACGGUGUCCGUGAAUUUUGGACCGAAUUUUAAAUAUCCACCAACUGAUAGUACAUUCAGAGGAAUGCACGAAAAAGCGGAGGAGGCUAUAGCCGAGCAAUCGAUGGCGGAUAUGCUUUAUCUAACCGAGAACGAAGGCAAACUAAGAUUGGAUACAUUCGUAUUGUGACAUUAGUGCAACUUUUAUGUUUUGUAUCGUUUUUGUUGCAAAUUAUACAGCUCUUUUGCACUAAAUCUGUGUUUUAAAUCUUUAAC